ACCCCACACAAGCUACCUGCGCUCACUCGCCGACCUCAUUAAUUCUUGCCUGUAAUCCCGCGAUACUGGACAACUCCGAAACCGAUCGAGAAAGGGACAAAGCUUGCAACAAUCUCAACAAAAACAACAAAAAUCUCUCAGCUCUCUUGCCUGGUCUUCUUAACUAAACAGCACCACCCGCCUAUCAAGAUGACGUGGAUCUCCCGCUCCGUCACUGCCGUUGGACUUCUGUUGCUAAGCCAUGCUUGUUACUCUGCACAAGAACACUCGACGCUCCAGUCCUUCGGCGCCACAUCAUCUCUGUCCGCGACAAAUCCAGGCACCUCGCUUCCCGCCGAUAUUGUCAUCGAGACAAUCGUCGCAACUCUUCUAGUGUGCCUGGGCAUCAUCACAGGCGCCUCCAAUUUCCGACCGAUUCAGUGGCGCGUGUGGGCAGGCAAGAUUGAGCGCGAAGGUGAGGUUGGAUUUCUGAACGGCAGCGGAGUUUCCGACAAUGACUACGUUGGCAACCCAUUUCGCAUUCUCGAAAGUCGGCCGGGUUUCGUCGAUAUUCGGAAGGAGAGGCGCGAGUUUGCUGAAUGGAUCAAAGAUGGCGAUAAGUCCAGCACAAGCUAAAUAUCAAUCCGGGAAAGGACUGUCAUGCGGGGUCUGCUCCAUGUCAGGUGCAGGUCUGAGAGUGUUAGCGACGCGGUAGGGUCUACGCGAACUGCAUAACGUGUCCGGCCACGCGUGCGUCUUGGUGACGACGACGCCAGAACGGUCGCGGCGCAGAGGUCACUGCCAGUCUAUGUAUUCUUUAUGCCGUCCAUCCGCGUUUCGGAUGGUGGGAUGGCUCGAUUCGUCAUCCUAUCCGUUCAAAGAGCGCUGCGUUGCAUGUAACAUCGCUGAAACAACUUGAGCGCCCUUUUUUUCACUAUUUUUACCCGAUAUAGUCGUGUUAGUAUGCCGCUCAUGUCUCUAUGCUAAGGUUUCAAGUAAAACGAAGUCUUGGCCACCUUGC